UUCCACUCUCCUCCUUCUGUUCGAAAUCUCCCCCCACACACAAAAAAAAAAAAAACCUAAUUCCCCAAAUUCACCUCAAAAAAUGGGGGAUUUCAACCUAGCCCUUGUGAUCGUCGCCGCCGUCGUCUGCGUCCUCGUCGUCCUCUUCAACAUCUACCUCCUCGUCAACUACCAGCACCCCGACGACGUCAACCAAGCCUACUUCCCCAAGCUCGUCGUCGUCGCCGGGCUCUCCCAUAUCCAUCCUCAUGCUCCCGCCGACGUCGCCAACCGCCAAGCUUGCCGCACGCCAUCUACAAACGGCGCCUGCGACGUCACGCUCCCGAUGAAGACGCUGUGGCUCGUCGUUUACAUUGUUGAUGCUGUGCUCGUGUUCUUCUUCAUCCCGUUCGCGAUGUUCUACUAUGAAGGGGACCAGGACAAGAGCGUGGCGAAGAGGCUGAGGAGUGCGCUGCUGUGGGUUCUGGCUUCGGCUGUUGUUUGCGCGCUCGCGCUUGGGAUUCUCUAUGGGCUCAUAGGUAAAGUGGACUUCACAGUUAGGCACCUUUCUUCAUCUGCAACAAGCUUCCCGAGUACCUGGUCUGAGUUCUCAAGCAGCCAACCUUGUAUUGGUCAAUCUGCUCGUCAGUGUGAUGCAUACACAGCAAGCCCUUCUUCAGAAACCACAUGGACAAUGCGUGCCACUUUUCCAGAAUAUGUUGUGGCUCUUGCAACAAUCGUUGGAUCAGUACUUUUCACAAUAUUUGGAGGUGUUGGCAUUGCUUGCUUUCCUUUGGGACUCAUCUUUUCAUUCAUACGACGCCCCAAGGCAGUUAUCACUCGCUCACAGUAUAUAAAGGAGGCGACUGAACUUGGGAAGAAAGCUAGAGAACUGAAGAAAGCUGCUGAAGCCCUUCAUCAGGAGGAGAGAAGUGGUUCGAAAGGGAGAAAAUGGCGCAAAAAUGUGAAGGCAAUUGAAAAGGAGUUGCUUCUUCUGGAAGAUGAUAUGAAGGCUUUGGAAGAGAUGUAUCCUCAAGGAGAAAAGGCAGAGACUACUUGGGCAUUAACUGUACUGGGGUAUCUGGGAAAGCUUAUAUUGGGAAUUUUGGGGUUAAUUGUUUCAGUGGCUUGGGUUGCACAUAUUAUUAUAUACUCAUUGAUCAACCCUCCGCUCUCCCCUUUCUUAAAUGAAGUUUUUAUCAAAUUGGAUGAUGUCUGGGGUCUGCUAGGUACUGCAGCAUUUGCAUUUUUCUGUUUCUAUCUUUUGAUUGCAGUAAUUGCCGGAGCUAUGAUGCUUGGUCUAAGACUAGUGUUUAUAACCAUUCACCCGAUGAAGUGGGGAGCAACUUUGAUGAAUUCUUUCCUUUUUAAUGUGGGACUCAUCCUUCUUUGCUCCAUCAGUGUGAUUCAGUUCUGUGCUACAGCAUUUGCUGCGUACGCACAAGCAACUGCUGCCCAGGAGAUAUUUGGCCACACUCUACAGUCUCUUCGUGGAAUUAAAUAUCUUUACAAGUAUAAUGUCUUCCAAUAUGGCUUUGUUGGUCUUGCCAUACUGACCAUCUUCUAUUAUGCAGCAUUUGGAUGGAGGAAGAGGAAACCACGUGCCAGGUUCCAGCUCUCCAGUUAAUCAUGUAUUAUUCGAUGACUUUGUGAAUCAAAUUCGAUGGAGACUUCUGUGCUGCUUGUUCGCUGGAGUGGUAUCGGAUUGCAAUGUGUCAUGAAUGUCAAAAAUCUUCUGUUGCCUACAACAGAGAGACUGAACAUAGUCAAUGACGGUGGGAGAUUAGCAGUAUAGGCUUCAUGGAUAUUUUGAUGGGCUGCUUUGCUGCCACAUCCUUUGUGUAUUGUUAUAUAGUUAUUCAAAUUGAUUGUUCUACUUACUGCUAUCCAUUGUAUUAUUUUUAAUCUCGGCCCCAUCACCUGUAAUUUCUAUCCUGACGAAAAUGAAGAGUACUACAUUAUUUGACAUGUAAUCUAUACGUCGAGAAUGAAGAUUUGUUUUUUUUAAUUUA